CCUCCUCUCGCAGCGGCUCGGCCCGCCGCCUGACUCGCCCGGGAGGCUCCCCCCGCCCGGGCCGGGGGCCGAGGGGGGCCGGCAUGGCCUGACUGCCCGAGGCGCGGCGGCAGCGCAGCGGCGGGCGUGCAACAUGGGGAACCAGGACGGGAAGCUGAAGAGGAGCGCAGGUGAUGCCUCGCACGAAGGCGGCGCCGGCGCCGAGGAUGCUGUUGGGCCCAGAGAUGUGGAAGCCACAAAGAAGGGGAGCGGGGGCAAGAAGGCGCUGGGCAAGCACGGCAAGGGGGGAGGGGGCGGCGGCGGCGGCGGCGGGGACCCGGGCAAGAAGAAGAACAAGUCGGACUCCAGAGCCUCGGUGUUUUCCAACCUGCGGAUCAGAAAGAACCUGUCCAAGGGGAAGGGCGCCGGCGGCUCGCGCGAGGAUGUGCUGGACUCCCAGGCCCUGCAGACCGGGGAGCUGGACAGCGCUCACUCCCUGGUCACCAAGACCCCGGACCUCAGCCUCUCGGCGGACGAGACGGGCCUGUCGGAUACCGAGUGUGCCGACCCUUUUGAGGUGACCCAUCCAGGUGGCCUUGGGCCAGCCGAGGCUGGGGUCGGGGGCCGGGCGGUCGCCGGGGAUUUGGAAGCUGCGGCAGGGGCGCAGGAUGGACAAAGGACCAGUUCGGGCUCGGACACGGACAUCUAUAGCUUUCACUCGGCUACGGAGCAGGAGGAUUUGCUGUCAGACAUCCAGCAGGCGAUCCGCCUGCAGCAGCAGCAGCAGCUGCAGCUCCAGGGCUCGGAGGAGCCUGCAGCGCCCCCCGCCGCCGCCUCCCCCCAGCCUGGGGCCUUCCUGGGCCUGGACCAGUUCCUGCUGGGGCCGAGCGGCGCAGCCCGGGAGGCCCCAGGCAGUCCGGACACAGAGCAGGCGCUGUCCGCGCUCUCCGACCUGCCCGAGAGCCUGGCCGCCGAGCCCCCGCUGCCCGAGCAGCCGCCGCCCCCCGGCGCCCACGGGGCCUCGGAGGCGCCCGGCCUGCCAGCGGCCCAGCCCGCGACCGCAGACUCGCCCUCGCCCACCGCCUUCCCGUUCCCGGAGUCCGCACCCGGGGAGGGCGCUGCCGCAGCGCCCGUGCGCGGGGCUGGGGACACGGAUGAGGAGGGCGAGGAGGACGCUUUUGAGGAUGCCCCCCGCGGCUCUCCGGGGGAGGAGUGGGGCCUGGGCCGGGGAGAGGCCGUGCCGAGGCUGGGCGCAGAGCCCGAGGAGGGGGCGCGAGGGCCCGGCGCCCCCGCGGCCGCCUCCCUGCCCGGCAGCCCCGCGCCCAGCCCGCGCUGCUUCAAGCCUUACCCGCUCAUCACCCCCUGCUACAUCAAGACCACCACCCGGCAGCUCAGCUCGCCCAACCACUCCCCGAAUCAGUCCCCCAGCCAGAGCCCCAGGAUCAAGCGGCGGCUGGAGCCCUCCCUGAGCCGGGGGCCCCGAGCCGCCCUCGCCUCCGCGGCCGCCCCGGCCAAGAAGCAGCGGGCGGACGGCGGCCUCGCGGGUGGCCUGAGCCGCUCGGCCGACUGGACCGAGGAGCUGGGCGCGCGCGCGCCCCGGGCGGGGGGCUCCGCGCACCUGCUGGAGGGCGGCGGAGGGGCGCCCCCCGCCCGAGCCAAGGCGUCUGGGGCGCCGGCGGCUGCCGAUGGCUUCCAGAAUGUGUUCACAGGGCGAACUCUGCUGGAGAAGCUGUUCAGCCAGCAGGAGAACGGGCCCCCGGAGGAAGCGGAGAAGUUUUGCUCCCGGAUCAUCGCCAUGGGUCUUCUGCUUCCUUUCAGUGACUGCUUCAGGGAGCCGUGUCGCCAGAAUGCCCCCGCGAGUUCAGCGCCCUUUGAUCAAGAUCAACUUUACACCUGGGCUGCCGUUAGUCAGCCCACACACUCGCUGGACUACACAGAAGGGCAGUUUCCCAGGCGCAUCCCAUCUGUUUGGCCGCCGUCUGAACCUCCUGAUGAAGAACACAGGCCCGAGGCUGCUAAAGCAGAAUCUCAAUCUGCUGUUUUGGAAACUCCAAAAAAAAGUUCAGAUGCUGUUCAACAGGAAGUUUCUGACAUGAAGUCUGAGGGACAGGCAACUGUAAUUCAGCAACUGGAACAGACCAUUGAGGAUCUGAGGACCAAAAUCGCUGAACUAGAGAAGCAGUACCCUGCUGUGGACAUGGAGAUGACCAGUGGCCAUCAUGGGAUGCAGAAUGGAGUGGUACCCUCAGAAGAUGUGUGUCUUGAAGCUCUCAGGUUAAGAGAAAAGGAUGUACGGCAUCAAAGGAUUUUACAGGCAAAGUCAAUCCAGACGUCUCCGACAGAAGAGGGUGGGGUACCGACACUGCCUUCUGUUAAUGCACUGCCAGAGUGUCCCCCAUGCCCACCUGGGGCUGAACGUGGAGACUCAGCUGUGCCAUCCUCUCCUUCUGGACCUCAGACAAAAUUCUGUUCAGAGAUUUCUUUGAUUGUGUCUCCAAGGCGAAUAUCGGUACAGCUUGACACGCAUCAGUCCAUCCAGCCUUCACCACCUCCAUCCCUUCCGUGUUCUGACGGUCAAGGAAAGGCUGGGUCACAGCCUUCCCCUCCUUCUCUUCAUGCUGAGUUUGAAACCAGCCAUGAACACUAUGUUUCCUCCUCUUUUGAAAACAGCUGUAACAUCCCACCCCCACCACCUCUGCCUUGCACAGAGUCCUCCACCUCCAUGCCUGGUCUGGGCAUGGUGGCUCCCCCGCCUCCCCCUCUCCCUGGCCCGACAGGGCCUGCUCUGCCCAGUACAGCAAUCCCCUCACCUCCUCCUCUGCCUGGUACAGAAAUGCUGCCACACCCUCCCCCACCUUUGCCUGGUGAGGGAAUACCUCCUCCCCCUCCUCUUCCCAGAGUGGGGAUACCAUCUCCCCCUCCUCUUCCCGGUGUGGGGAUACCCCCUCCCCCUCCUCUUCCUAGUGUGGGGAUACCUCCACCCCCUCCUCUGCCCGGUGUGGGGAUACCCCCUCCCCCUCCUCUUCCUGGUGUGGGGAUACCUCCACCCCCUCCUCUGCCCGGUGAGGGGAUACCCCCUCCCCCUCCUCUUCCCGGUGUGGGGAUACCCCCUCCCCCUCCUCUUCCCAGUGUGGGGAUACCUCCACCCCCUCCUCUGCCCGGUGUGGGGAUACCCCCUCCCCCUCCUCUUCCUGGUGUGGGGAUACCCCCUCCCCCUCCUCUUCCUAGUGUGGGGAUACCUCCACCCCCUCCUCUGCCCAGUGUGGGGAUACCCCCUCCCCCUCCUCUUCCCAGUGUGGGGAUACCCCCACCCCCUCCUCUGCCCGGUGUGGGGAUACCCCCUCCCCCUCCUCUGCCCGGUGUGGGGAUACCCCCUCCCCCUCCUCUGCCCGGUGUGGGGAUACCCCCUCCCCCUCCUCUGCCCGGUGUGGGGAUACCUCCACCCCCUCCUCUGCCCGGUGUGGGGAUACCCCCUCCCCCUCCUCUGCCCGGUGUGGGGAUACCGCCUCCCCCUCCUCUGCCCGGUGUGGGGAUACCCCCUCCCCCUCCUCUUCCCGGUGUGGGGAUACCCACUCCCCCUCCUCUUCCCGGUGUGGGGAUACCCCCUCCCCCUCCUGGUGUGGGAAUACCUCCUCCCCCUCCUCUUCCCGCUGUGGGAAUACCUCCUCCCCCUCCUUUGCCAGGAGCUGGGAUUCCCCCACCUCCUCCUCUGCCAGGUAUGGGGAUUCCACCUGCUGCAGCUCCCCCUCCCCCUCCCCCUCCUGGAACAGGCAUCCCCCCACCCCCACCACCACCCCUGCUUCCCGGAUCAGGCCCUCCACUCCCCCUACAAGCUGGGGGCAGCACUUUAUCAACACCACAAGUGUGCGGAUUUCUUCCUCCUCCGUUGCCAACUGGCUUGUUUGGACUAGGGAUGAACCAGGACAGAGGGAGUAGGAAGCAGCCCAUAGAGCCUUGUCGGCCCAUGAAGCCUCUGUAUUGGACGAGAAUUCAGCUCCACAGUAAAAGAGACUCCAGUAUUUCACUUAUUUGGGAAAAAAUUGAAGAGCCAUCCAUAGAUUGUCAUGAAUUUGAAGAAUUAUUUUCUAAAACUGCUGUAAAGGAGAGGAAGAAACCUAUUUCUGACACCAUCACAAAGACCAGGGCCAAACAAGUUGUCAAGUUAUUAAGCAACAAAAGAUCACAGGCAGUUGGAAUAUUAAUGUCUAGCCUUCAUUUAGAUAUGAAAGACAUACAGCAUGCUGUUGUGAACUUGGACAAUUCUGUGGUUGACUUGGAGACCCUUCAAGCUCUCUAUGAGAAUAGAGCACAGUCAGAUGAACUGGAAAAAAUCGAAAAGCACAGCCGUUCCUCCAAAGACAAGGAAAAUGCCAAGUCCCUGGACAAACCUGAGCAGUUCCUUUAUGAACUGUCACUAAUCCCCAACUUUUCAGAGCGAGUCUUUUGCAUCCUGUUCCAGUCCACGUUUUCAGAAAGCAUCUGCUCAAUUCGUCGCAAACUGGAAUUGCUACAGAAAUUGUGUGAGACAUUAACAAAUGGCCCAGGGGUUAUGCAGGUUCUGGGCUUGGUUCUUGCCUUUGGCAACUACAUGAAUGGCGGAAAUAAGACUCGGGGACAGGCAGAUGGUUUCGGAUUAGACAUUCUCCCGAAGCUGAAGGAUGUCAAAAGCAGUGACAAUAGCAGAAGCCUUUUGUCAUAUAUCGUUUCCUAUUAUCUUCGAAAUUUUGACGAGGACGCCGGCAAAGAACAGUGUGUCUUUCCACUACCAGAACCCCAGGACCUUUUCCAGGCCUCGCAGAUGAAGUUUGAAGAUUUUCAAAAAGAUCUCAGAAAACUAAAGAAAGACUUGAAAGCCUGUGAAGUUGAAGCGGGGAAAGUGUACCAGGUAUCCUCGAAAGAGCACAUCCAGCCUUUCAAAGAAAACAUGGAACAGUUUAUCAUUCAAGCUAAAAUUGACCAAGAGGCAGAGGAGAACUCACUGACAGAGACUCAUAAAUGCUUUUUGGAGACUACAGCCUAUUUCUUCAUGAAACCAAAAAUUGGAGAGAAGGAGGUGUCCCCAAAUGUUUUCUUCAGUAUCUGGCACGAAUUCAGCUCUGACUUCAAAGAUUUUUGGAAGAAAGAGAACAAACUUAUUCUACAAGAGAGAGUGAAAGAAGCCGAAGAGAUGUGUAGGCAGAAGAAGGGAAAAUCUCUUUAUAAAAUAAAACCAAGACAUGACUCUGGAAUUAAAGCAAAAAUAAGCAUGAAAACCUGAACAAUGAAAAGCGGAAUGAAAAUGAGUCGCUGCGGCUACUUCCACAAAAUUCAGCUGACCGGAGGGCGGGAAAGAAACUACAUUGUUUUUAUCGUCUUUCUUCUUGACCUCUUGCAUAAUCUUUGUGUUUUCUGGACAGUUCACUGAUUGUUGAAUUUCACUGUACAUUCAUAUAAAAAUGCAAAAGCAGUAGACCAGUGGAAAAUUUGACACCUUUUCUUUUUUGUCAAGUUUAUGGUAUUAUGCCGAUAGACCAAAACAGCAUGUUAUGAGAGGCGGUAUCUGCGUUCAUUCUGAACAUGCUAAACGUUAACCUAAAGUUUACUUUUGUGACAAUAUUCCUUAUCACAGCAAAACAUGUCCCAUUCCACCAACAACCAGUACUCCACACCACGGUGUUUAGAUUAUGGUUACAAUGUUAUUUCUAGUGAAUUGUUUAUAUCAGUUUCACAUCUACAAUGUAAAUUUUCUAUUUUAAAAUUUAAGUACCAUUUAUAUAUCAUGACCAAGGCUUUCCCAACUGUUGGGCUGCUCUCCAUAGCUAUAUAUUUGUGAAAGAAGAUAGUCAUUUUUUUUACACAAGUCAGAUAAUCAAUAGAAAAAUAUAUAGCAGAAGGAAAACUCUUCCCUAUAGAUCAUUUAAUAUAGGCAGGAGCCAGUUUUAAGUUUAAUGAAGGCUUUUAUCAGAUUGUGUCCUUUGAGACUCUACAUAAAACUAACCUACAGCAAAGGUAAAUUCAACUAAAGAUGUGCCACUCUAUAACAUUUACCAGUGCCCUACCCAAAGAAAAUAUGACCCAGUGUUUCGAAGGAAUUUAAAUAAAUGAUGCUCAUAAAAUUGCCAAACAUUAAAUAUUGGCAAAAAACAAAAUAAGUUUUUUGGAUGGAUUGGCAUCUCUCUAGACCCUCGUAAUUAAACAUGCCUGCCUGAGUAUUUUGACAUGAUUGGGGCUGGCUUUAUGUCUUCUGGCAGGUGACUCAAAGCUGUAAAAGGGGUAUGUAAUGAUUCAUCAUCUGAAGGAGACUAGGAAAGCAUUUUAUUUUACUUUACUUUGAGAGGAAAAAAAAACAGCCUCUCUCUCACUCUUUCUGAGAGUACUUUCAAGUCAGCUCAUGAUGCAUUGUGAUGGUUUUAUCUAACAUUAAUAGUUUUUUUUUUUUUAAUUCUUUUAACGUUAUUUUUUGGGGGUUAUGGUUGUGGAUAAAUAGAAUUCCUUGCUAUUGCAAACCAAUUCUGGAAAGCAACUUAAAAAGAACAUGUUCUGAAUCAUAACUAUGUUUGUAUUUAUGUAAAAUAUGAUCUCUUACCUUUUAGUUUGUAGUUUAAGAGCAAAGAAACAGUAGUGGGUUUUUGGUUGUUGUUUUGUAGUCUUCCUGUCCCCUUCAGUCUCUUCAACGUGUAUAUUACCAUUCUCCAAUGAAAUAAUAGGGCAUUUAACAAAGAUCGCUAUGUGCAAUACUGUAUUUAGUGUUUCUAUUUCAAUUUUUCUAGGAUGUUAAUUUAUAUGAAAAUAAAAUGAAUAAUAAAAGA